AAGCCUAAACCAAUCAAGAUGAAGACCGUUACUUGUCAAAUGUUCCCACUAUCAGUUCACUUAAAUAUAAUAGAUAUGAAUAUUCCUCAUGUUUGUUAUGGACAAUCAUACGUUAAAUAUGGCGCGUAAUAAAACUCCAUUUAUUGCUUCAAAAAAUCCAGUGACGGAAAUUCUUCCCUCAGAUAUUCACAGAAUAUAUAAUUUACCAUCAAGUAAUCGUGUACUCUUAUGCCAAGAGAUUCUUGAUGCACACACAUCAUACUCAAUACCAAUAACACCAGAACUGCAAAAUAAUAUGACAUAUCCAAGGAAUUUCUCAAACGUGUUGCAUAAUUCCAGGAAUAGUGGAGCUACAUCACGCCACUGUUUAAACCAUCCACUCAGUAUAUUACCGUAUAUAUAUUCUCCUAAUACAUCAUCUGCUACUGAUUAUUUCAAAUGUGAUAAUGAUUGUAGUAAUGGACAGCAUAGAAGUGAACUUUCAUCACCAUACUUAAAUCAUUUCUGUGAUUUUGGUCAUACAGAAACUAUGAGUUCUUCAACACCAGCGAAAAUAUCUAGAAAAAGUCGUAAUCAUUCAACACAUCAAUGGACUUGUUUAUGCCCAUAUCCGAUAAAUGAAACCAAUGAAUAUACAAAUAAACAAAUUAAUUACGAUAGUUACAAUAACAACGACACUACUAAAUAUUUCAGUAUUAAUGAAGAUAGAAUUCAAAAUAGUGAAAAUUUCCAAAGAAUUCAUGAGAACUGUUUAAACCAAUCAAAUACCAUUAAUUUGUCAUUAUUAUCUAAAUCAUCAACAUCAUCACCGUCAACAUCAUUUGAAUGUGCACGUAGUUUUAUUCGAUUAAGAAAUGCACGUGAACGUGAACGCGUACGAUGUGUUAAUGCUGGUUAUGAAUUAUUAAAACGUCAUUUACCACUAACCAUAUUACCUGAUAGAAGAUUAGCUAAAGUUGAAAUAUUACGUGGUGCUAUUAAUUAUAUCAAUGCAUUAAAAGAAUUACUAGAAAAUUAAUUCAAAAAUCAACAAAUAUCCAUUAUCAUCACCCUCACCUUAUAAUAAAUUUUCACCAUAAAUGUACAUAUAUAUAUUCUCAAUCGUUAUUAUUAUUAUUAUUAUUAAUUAACAACAGUUUUGAAAGAAUAGCUACUACCUAUCUAAUCAUCAUACUUCUUUA